GGAAUCGCGCGCUCAAUCGAUGAAUUCUGGUUGAAGAAGUAAGAGUCCACGUACUUUUCCAGGCCUCUCAUUUCACUUUUCAUCGGCCAGUUGAGUAGAGUGGAGUUGGUCAAGGUGCUUCACAAUCCGCUAGCCAGUGCCUGUGGUCCAGUUUUUCUAGUUUGAAAUAGUUUUCCGAAGGAUUGUUCAAGGUUAAAUGACUAAGCUUGGGGUUGAACAAGUGGUGCUAUGCAAAACUCCAAAUUGAACAGUGAUUCUUCGUUAGCUUUCCUGAACGCCAGUGUUAACGCUUCCGGCGAUGGAAAGCGGAAAUUAGUGCGCAAAACGAGUGCGGAAAUUGUGAGCGAAGCCAAGAGCAUGCUGGCGGCAGGAGGAACGCGGCUGGUGUCGGCCCGUCGGCCAAUCACCCCCAGGGAACCAAAACGGCAACUGUAUGGCCGGGUGGCACCUCCGGGGCGACCUCCCAGCGCCUUUAGCCUCAAAUAUCUGCAGUUUGAAUCGCGUGCCUUGCCUUCGUUGGAGCCCAUCCGAGAUCCGAUCGAACGGGGUUCUGUUGGCUUCACGCGCUCGGAAUCAGCCGAUUCUAUUUCCCUGGGGGACAGCAACGAUGCCACCAACAACAACAAUAACGGAACAACGAAAAGUAAGCUGCCCGCCUUGCUCAAAGUACCCAGCAAGCAGUCAGGAUCGCUGGAUAAUCUUUCAGAGUGUAUGCCACCGCGGAAGGACUUUAAGUCACCGACCACGCCGCUGACGCCGCAAUUUUCACUAAAUGCAGAACCAAAACCUCUGAACGAAAAGCGAACGGCCAAGGAUGGCGGAGCUGCUGUAGGAGAAGGUGGUGCGACGCUGCCCCCGAACAGUAUCGUCAAGAACCAUCCGUUGAAGCGGCGCCAGUUUCAGUCACUUGAUGAACAGCAACGACCCAUGCUCGAAACCGGAACGCCGGAAAAGUCAACCCAGUCUGUUGCUGCUCGUUCCGGAAGUGGAAAAAUGGACCACCUGAAGCAAAAGCAGAAACUGAGCAAAAGUAACGAAAUUUUAGCCCAAUCUACGACCGAAGCCCUGCUGGAGAUGCUCAAGGGUCACGCCGGCAUCAAGGAUUGCACGGACGAAACCGUUAGUCACAUUAAUGGGAUUUUAAGCGAACUUUACUCUCGCGUAAAGGGAGCCAAAGGAAGCUGGCGUGGUGCAGUUCUGGGGGCAUUGUACGGCUUGGUGGAGGCAAACUCGGCGAAAAUUCUGCUGUCGGUGGCGCGAGUUGUGUUGGCGCUCAAUGUGACUGGCAGCAAUUUGACGGGCGCAUGCAAGCUGGUUUUUAAAAUCGCUCGCAAUGAAAACAACGAUGCCCUCUUCGCCGACAGCGAUGUGCCAGAACUGCUAGUAGACGGUUUGGGCCGAGCAUCGCCAGCUGACGAGCCGGAGGCAUGUAUCUACGGGUACGGAGCUAUCCGUUUUCUAGCAGGUUCGGGCAGUUCAGUCUCGAGCCAGAAGGUCAAGCCCGAGGCCGUUUCGCGGGAAAAUUCGUCCCGCCAAAAAUCGCUGGCGUGUCGUUUGGCCAGACACGGGCUGGUGCAGCUAAUGGUGCUUCAUCUGAAGAUGCUGAACGAGUUGGGAUCGACGAAGAAGCUUUCGGGACCACCACUGCACGCGCUGUUUCAACUUUCCGGAGCAUUACGAACCAUUGCGGAGAUUCCUUCGAUUAGCAGUUGCCUAGCCGGCACGCGAUCUUUACUCAACGGAACGAGUCCUCAAAUCAGGGAAACUCAAGACAGUGAAAUGAUUCAACUGGAGUUGGCUGGUCCACUGUUGGUGCGAGCCGCCGAGAUGUGCAUCGAAGAACCGGAAGUGCAAGCUAACGUAAUCCGAACGCUGAGUGUCCUCUCGGAACGGCCCGAGUGCUGUGAACAGCUUGCUGACGGAGCAGCUCGACUUGGAAUACUGCUGGGAUCGAUCAGUGAAACGAGUGCUACAGUUGAGAAAGGAUUGGCCGCUACAAAUCGGCUUGGUUAUAUUCUCGGCAACAUUAUGACAAGAUGGGACUCGGCUCGUUUGCAUUUCUAUUCUAACGACGUGUCUAUGGAGGCCAUUUUAAACGCUCUCGAGUUCUAUGCAAACAAGAGGUUCACAAUCAAGAAUCAAAUGGGAGACUCGGUGGUUGAUGUCCUUACAAAGCUGGUUCGUGUAGUGGCAAACAUCUGCGUGAAUGGUGAUGUCGGAUUUGGGUUGAGCAAUAAGCCACCCCUGGGAGAAAUCCUGCUCAACAUUUUAUUGAAAGUGAAAGGCAAUAAGGAACCCGAAAUGGAAGAGCUAAUGUUCGCCACGCUGGGCGCCCUCCACAAUUUGUCCUACUACUACGAACCGUCGGACAACCCGCUGCAGUACAACCACCCGGGCAGCAUGGCCGAACGGUUGAAGGACAUAUGCGGGGUUCUGUGCAGCAUUCUGAACACCGACGGAAGUCCGGCGCGGUCCGAAGUGGCACGCGUCCUCGGUAACAUGACCCGCAACGGGAUAACCCGACAAACGUUCUGUUCCGAGAGCGGGUUGAAGAUACUGAUCCGAUGCCUCGAGUCGGACGACGUGGAGCUGAUGGUGACCUCGUGUGGAGUGUUGGUUAACAUUCUCGGUGACUGGGAGCGACGGGCGCCGUUUCGAGAGCUGCAGGGACCGAUUGUGCUGCGCAAGCUACUGCAACGGGGUGCGUCCGGCCAGGAUUGGAUACUUGCUGGGAUUGCCUGCCAGGCGCUGUGGAACUACCUGAUCGACAGUGGCAAUGUCAUGAACGCGUUGGGUGAAUCCGAGGUGGACUAUAUAUGUGGCGAUCUGGCGGAAUGCUUAGACGAAGAAAAGUUGUUCAACGGACAAGAACCGGAUAUGCUGUGGGAGGAGUUCGCCCCGGUAGCGACCGAUCUGCUGGAGAGGCUGCAGUCCAGCAUGUCGCUAGGAAAUUCACCAUGUGCGUCUUCGGACGAGGAACCCGAUGAUAUGAUAAUUGGGCAGGCUGGAGACACCUGGGGAGAACAUUAUAAACAAUGGUUAAAACAAUAAAUCUAGAAAGUAUUUGAUUUUUUACCACGCACACUCACUGUUUUAAAGUUUCAAAUAAAUUUAUUAGGAAUAGAUGGUAA